AUGGCGGGCCGCGAAGGUGGCAAGAGGAAGCCCCUGAAACCACCCAGGAAGCAGACCAAGGAAAUGGAUGAGGAAGAGAAGGCUUUCAAGCAGGAACAGAAGGAAGAACAGAAGAAACUGACGGAGCUAAAGGCAAAGGCCGCGGGCAAGGGGCCCCUGGCCGCUGGUGGAAUUGAGAAAUCUGGCAAAAAGUAA